AUGGCCGCCCAGGAGAUCGACGUUGGCAUGGACCAGUGGCGUUGCGCCAAAGGAAACACUGUCCUGUCGACCGGCGGUCUCCUCACAUGCAUUAGAGUUGCUAUUGUGGGAGAGUACCCAACUGGAUACGAUGGAUACGACCGCUUCUUAGUCCAUAUCAGCGAGUCUCCCCCUGGAAAAGCAGCAGCUGCAGAUCUGUACAACGCCGUCGUCAAUGCUAUGAACGACCAUGAUUUCGAGAUCACCGAAGCAACGCUGGUUGUCCCAGACCCGAGAUCCGAAGAUGAUGAGGCCUUCACUGGGUGGGUUUAUGAAACGAUUGACUAUUUCAACCAGUUGGCCGAUGGCGAGAUUGAGGUGGAAGCUCAUGACACAAAUGAAUACUGGGAGUUGGGAAUCAACAGUGAAAAGGAGAUUUUCUAUGGUGCAGAAUAA